GGAUUGUCCCCAGCGUCCCUGGGGACAGGGGACACCGUCCUGCCUGGCGCACCCUGCCAGGGGAAGGCAGCGGGGUCUGGGGGGUCCCUCCCCGUGGCACAGGGGGGGUCCCCAGGGUGCUCACAGGGGAGGCUUUGGGGGGAAAAAGCUGGAUUUUUGGGACAGCCUCGUCCCCAGGAAGCGCUGGAUUCCCAGACUGGCAGAUCCCGCUCCGGGCGCUGACGUUUGGGGAUGGGGGCUGCCCCUGCGUGUUCCCCCCCCGCCCCACCACCACACACAGCCUGGGGUCCUCGUGACCCCCCGGCUCUUUUUGGGGUCCCCCCCCAGCCCGCAAGGGUAAAGGCUGGGCGGGCAAACAGCGGCCGGCACCCAAUUUGGGGAGGGGGGCACCCUCAGCACCCCCUUUUUUUUUUUUGGGAAGGAGCCGCUGCGGGGGUGCCGUACCUGGGAAUGGGGCGGGGGGGCCGCAUUCCCGCAUCCCCCAUCCCCCCGGGGAGGCGGUGUGGGAGCGGCCGCCCAUCCCUCGCCCCCCCUGCGCCAUCCCCACUCCUCCUUCCUCCUCCUCCUCCUCCUCCUCCUCCCGCUCCGUCACCGCGGGGGCCAGGCCUGAGCUUCAUCGUCAUCGUCAUCAUCUUCCUCUGUGUGGUUCCCCCCCAUCCACCCACCCAUCCAUCCCAAAAUCCCGCCGAGCCCGGCGAUUCCAUGGUGCGGGAAGGCGGCAUGGCCCGGACCCCCUACAGCUCCACGCAGGACAUCCAGAUGGACGUCUUGGACAACGCCGCGCUCCAGGGCAAGUACAGCAGGCGCAAGAGCCGCUUCAAGCGCUCGGACGGCAGCACCUCGUCCGACACCACCUCCAACAGCUUCGUCCGGCAGGGCUCGGCUGAGUCCUACACCAGCCGCCCCUCGGACUCGGAUGUGUCGCUGGAGGAGGACCGCGAGGCGCUGCGCAAGGAGGCCGAGCGCCAGGCCAUGGCACAGCUGGAGAAAGCCAAGACGAAGCCGGUGGCGUUCGCCGUGCGCACCAACGUGGGCUACAACCCUUCGGCCACCGACGACGUGCCGGUGCAGGGCAUGGCCAUCUGCUUCGAGCCCAAGGACUUCCUGCACAUCAAGGAGAAGUACAACAACGACUGGUGGAUCGGGCGGCUGGUGAAGGAGGGCUGCGAGGUGGGCUUCAUCCCCAGCCCUGUCAAGCUGGAGAACAUGCGGCUGCUGCAGGAGCAGAAGAUGAGGCAGAACCGCCUGAGCUCGAGCAAAUCGGGCGACAACUCCAGCUCCAGCCUGGGCGAUGUGGUGACGGGGACCCGCCGGCCAACCCCCCCGGCCAGCGCGAAGCAGAAGCAGAAGUCGACCGAGCACGUGCCCCCGUACGACGUGGUGCCCUCCAUGCGCCCCAUCAUCCUCGUGGGGCCGUCGCUGAAGGGCUACGAGGUCACGGACAUGAUGCAGAAGGCGCUGUUUGACUUCCUGAAGCAUCGCUUUGAUGGCAGGAUCUCCAUCACGCGGGUCACAGCCGACAUCUCCCUGGCCAAGCGCUCCGUGCUCAACAACCCCAGCAAGCACACGAUCAUCGAGCGCUCCAGCACCCGCUCCAGCCUGGAUGUCUUGGCCGAGGUGCAGAGCGAGACCGAGCGGAUCUUCGAGCUGGCCCGGACGCUGCAGUUGGUGGCCCUGGACGCCGACACCAUCAACCACCCGGCCCAGCUGGCCAAGACCUCCCUGGCCCCCAUCAUCGUCUACAUCAAAAUCACCUCCCCCAAGGUGCUGCAGCGGCUGGUGAAGUCCAGGGGGAAGUCCCAGGCCAAGCACCUCAACGUGCAGAUGGUGGCCUCGGACAAGCUGGCACAGUGCCCACCUGAGAUGUUCGACAUCGUGCUGGACGAGAACCAGCUGGAGGAGGCCUGCGAGCACCUGGCCGAGUACCUGGAGGCCUACUGGAAGGCCACGCACCCGCCCAGCAGCAACCCCCCGAACCCGCUGCUGAACCGCACCAUGGCCACGGCCGCGCUGGCCGCCAGCCCCGCGCCCGUCUCCAACCUCCAGGCUCCGUACCCGGAGGGGGAGCACGGCCGCCUCCGGCAGGGCCCGGGGGACUCGGGGGGCCGUGGGCAGGGCAGACCCCCCCCCGCCGCCCACCCGGCCGGGCCCCCCGCAGCCUGUCCCGCCAGGACACCUUCGACUCGGAGCCGCCGGGCAGCCGGGACUCGGCCGGCACGGAGCCCGGAGAUUCCUGCUGCAUGGACAUCGAGAUGGACCCCGUCGAGGAGGAGCCGCCGGGCCCCCCCGGGGCCGGACCCCACCCGCCCCCCGGCGCCUGGGACGGGGCCGAGCCCGGCCGCGAGGGCCGGGGGCUGCGGGGCCGAGCCAAGGGCCAGGAGCCGCUGGGCCAGAGCGACGGGGAGGGCUGGGGCCAGGACGUUUACAUGCGUUAGGGUGAGGGGGUGCGGGCAGGGGGCUCCCCCCCAGCGCUGGUUUUGGGGUGCGGGACAGCCCCGCCGGUUGCCUUUGUGCCCCCCCGAGCCCGGCCAGCAGUGCCAUGGGGAGCCCCCGCUUUGCCUUGGGGGCUCCCCCUGCCCCACUCUCCGCUGAGGGGGGGUCUCCCCCUGCCGCAGCCCCCCAGCAUCUCGCGGUGCCUCGGGCCCUCCCUGCCCGGCAGGGACAGCAAGUGACCAAAGGGGACCCGGCGUGUCCCCGUCCCCCAGGCACGGGGCGGGGGCCGUGCCCCCCCUGCCCAGCCCUGCCUGCUGGGUGCCCCCCGCUUCUCCAUGGUGCUCUCGGCCACCCGGCUGCAGGGGCCCCCGGAGCUGGCCGUGGCCGUGGGGGGGUCCCUGCCAGCUGCCCCCCACCCCGGCGGUGCCUGGCACUGCCCCCACAGCCGCCGGCCCCCCCGGGGGGGUGCAUGCGUGUGCGGUGUGUGAGGGGCUUUGGGGGCUCCCCGCUGCCCCAGGCUGUGCCCCCCGAGGCGCUGCCUGCCCGAAGAGGGGGGGGGGGGGGGCAGUUUGCAUGUGUUUGCCUUGGGGGGGGCUCUGCCUGUUUUGGGGGGUGGGGGGUGAAUCUGAGCCAGUUUUGGGGGUCUAACCCGUGCUAACAGCUGCCCAGCCCUGGCCUGCCGGGGGGUCGCGCUGUCCUGGGACCGCCAGGCCCCGGUCCCCCCUUCCCAACCCCCCCCUUCCCGUUCCAACCCCCCCCACCCCCGCCGUGCCUGUCCACGCUCGCCCUGUCCAGCCGUGUCCGUCUGUCUGUCCGUCCGUGAGCCUCUGUCCGUCCCCCCUCGGCCCCCCCGCCCCGCACCCCGGGGCACUGCCUUGUCCUGUGCCCGCCCCGGGGCGUCCCUUGUCCCCCUCAACUCUGCGGGGUGACCACACCAGGGUGGGCUGGGGACACCCCCUGUCCAGCCCUCGCUGCGGGACCGGGCUUGUCCCGCUUAUGGGGCAGCCCCUUGCCGCCCCCCCACACCCCUGGGGGCAAUGCUGGGGGUCCCCGGGGUCACUGCCUUACCCAGACCACCAGCCCGGGUCGGGGGGCUUGGGGGCACCCAGCUCUGCCGCUGCCAAGCCGCCACCCACGUGUGCCUCAGUUUCCCCCGGUUUUUUUUGGGGGGGGAGGGGGACUCGGUGUCACUGCCUGCCAAGUGCUUUGAGCCCCCCCUGCCCCAGCGCUCGCCCCCGUGGCAGCCACAAUCCGGGCAGUGGGGCCCCCCUGCCCCCCCCGCGGGCAGAAGGACGUCCCGUAUUUAUGUCACUCCACAAACUUUUAAUUUAAAGACCCGACAAAAAUGUAUUUUAUUUAUUUAUUCUCGUUGGUGUGUGUGGGGGGGGGGGGGGGGACUCGCCCCGCUCGCUUGGUUCUUUGUAAUAAACAUUUCGGUGAGACCUGC